AUGUCAUCAAAGACCACACGGCUGGGCUUGCAGCUCAUUCAGACCCGUCCUGUGCGUCCGCUCUUGAUAGCCUCAAAACAUGUCUCGCCAAAGCCACGAUGCAACGUUUCAACCGCAGCUCUCAUUCCGCAGACUCGACGCAGCCUGCCCUCGUCAACACGCGCGCCGGUAGCAGCGAAUCCUUCCGCUUCCUCCAAUCCCCCCUCAUCCUUUUUCACUCCUUCUUUGUGCCGAACUCGCAAUGCGUCGACCACCUCGGCUUCCCCAAGCUCUUCCUCGAGCAUCCUCGAUUGGAAUACCUUUUUCCGUCUUCGUACCUCUCGCCGGCGAUAUGCCCUCACGUCGUCCAUCCUCACAUCGGUAGCAUCUACCGCCGCCGCAGUAGUGACAUUCUCUGAAGUGCCCGCGGUCGCCGACAACAUCACCAAACUCAUCCCCACAGAUCCUUUUAUUAGCAUGGGCGUGGCCACUUUUGGUGCGACAUUUUUGGGAUGGCUUAUCGGUCCUGCUUUUGGAAACACAAUCUGGCGGCUACUGCACCGGAGUCGUCUGCCGGAAUUCACCAUCAAGGAACGGGCUUUUUUCGAGAGGAUAAAGAAGCACAGGGUCAAUCCCACUGGAGCGAGUACCAACAAUCCAGUGCCCGACUUUUAUGGCGAGAAGGUCAACAGCGUGGCCGGGUACCGACGCUGGUUAAAAGACCAGAGGGCUUUCAACAGGAAGAGAGGCGGAGCUUAUCCUUCGACGGAGUAG